GCCGCUCCGAAACCUCUCGCGCUCCCCGCGAGAGGCGAAAAAAAAAGUUUCCGGCGGCCUCAGUGGCUGGAGCGGAAAAAAGCGCAAGAUGGCGGAAAAUUUAAAAGCCUGCACUGUUUGUUGCAAAUCAACCUGGUCCCACCUCCAGGAUCUCUGCCGUUUGCAGAAAGUUUGCUGCCCUGGCUUGGGUAUUACCAGAAAAAACCUCUGUGAUUUUGAAGUAGAGUAUCUGUGUGACUACAAGAAAGCUCGGGAUGAGGAAUACUACCUGGUGAAGUGGCGGGGCUACCCUGAGUCGCAGAACACUUGGGAGCCCAGAAAGAACCUGCGCUGUAUCAGUAUACUCAAACAGUUCCACCGGGACCUAGAGCAGGCAUUGAUUCGACGAGGAAGCAAGUUAAGAAAGAAUACACGCUUGCUUGACCAAGGCAUCUCCAACUACCUAGUGCAGAAGGCCAAACAGCGGCGGGCUUUGCAGCAUUGGGAAUAUGAACUCAAUGCCAAGCGCAACCACAAGGGAUGCAUUGUGGUAGAGAAUGAGGUGGACUUGGAAGGGCCUCCCCGGGACUUUGUCUACAUUAAUGAGUACAAGGUUGGGGAGGGCAUCACUCUCAACCAGGUGGCUGUGGGUUGUGAGUGCUCAGACUGUCUGUCAGAAGCAGCAGGAGGUUGUUGUCCUGGUGCUUCACACCAUAAAUUUGCGUAUAAUGAGUUUGGCCAAGUGAAGAUCAAGGCUGGCAUGCCCAUCUAUGAGUGCAAUUCUCGCUGCAGCUGUGGGAUUGACUGCUCUAACCGUGUGGUGCAGAAAGGCAUUCGUUACGAUCUUUGCAUUUUCCGGACAGAUAAUGGACGUGGCUGGGGUGUGCGCACACUGGAGAGGAUCCGCAAGAACAGCUUUGUCAUGGAAUAUGUAGGAGAGAUAAUCACAUCAGAGGAGGCUGAACGACGGGGUCAGAUCUAUGAUCGACAGGGUGCCACCUACCUCUUUGACCUUGAUUACGUAGAAGAUGUAUACACAGUGGAUGCCGCAUACUACGGCAACAUUUCACAUUUUGUCAACCACAGUUGUAACCCUAACCUACAGGUUUACAAUGUCUUCAUUGAAAAUUUGGAUGAGCGGCUGCCACGCAUUGCCUUCUUUGCUACUCGACCUAUCCGUGCUGGUGAGGAACUCACCUUUGACUACAACAUGCAAGUGGACCCAGUAAAUGCAGAAAGCACAAGGAUGGACUCUAAUUUUGGCCUAGUUGGAGGCCUGGCUGGCUCUCCAAAGAAGCGGAUGCGCAUUGAGUGUAAAUGUGGCACAGAGUCUUGCCGGAAAUACCUCUUCUAGUUCCUUGCCAGUUUUGCUUUAAAGUUGUCUGGUUAGACUUGGACUGGAAUUCAGUACAGAAGUGGCAGUUGCUGAAAGUUUGAAGGCAGAGGGUAAGAGUCAGGAACUUACCUGCUUAAAACAAAAAACACCUAGUACUUUGAAUUGCAAAGAGAGCAAUGACUGACAUUUCUUAUGCUACCCAGCCUUGACUGGCUGCUUCUUACUGCCAGACUGAAAUAUUCUUGCAGCAGCUGAGAGAUUCUUCAGCUGGCAGGAGAUUGGUUCGACUUGUCAAACUUGCUGUUGAUGUCCUGGUUGGAAAAACACAGCAUAGUAUCUCAUAAGUCUAUGGAUGUCUUAUUAGAACCUCAAUUACAGCUUUUUACUAUUUUUGAAGGCUUGAUUGUGAGUGCAGUGUGGCAGAGAACACUGACUAGUUUCUUAUAUUCAGUGUGGUUUUCUAAGGGAUACAAGUCUUGGUUUUACAGCAGAACUGCUUUCUAGCCUCAUUUAUGAGUAAGUGGUAAAACACAAGCCAUUUAAAAAAUGGAUUUAUCUGCACAAAGACUCUCUGUAUUACCUCAGUGUGCCGUAUGACUGUUCCCCACCUUUUACACAUCCAUAGAACUUGUUUUCAUUGAGGAUGGGAGAGGCCCAUGUAAUUUGUACUUGAAGUUGCACUUAAUACCCAUCGUAAAGCCCUGUGCAAAGUGAAAAGCCACAAUGUUGCCUCUUGUAACUAAUGAAUUUGUUUUGAAAAGAAUAUGUUUUUAAAUAUACAGUAUAUAUAUUGGAAAUGGGUUGGGGCAAAGAAUCUAGCUUCUGGAAACCACUGUAUUUUGGAAGCUGUGAUGAAGCUUGUUAAUUAUGACUGAUGAAAUUAGAUGGCUGGGUUCCUUAUUUUGCUUGUGACAUAUCUUGUAUUUCAUUCUUUGAAGCAAAAACUCAGAUAACUUCAGUGUGUGCGGCGAGUGGGAACUAGAAACCAGUGUUAGCCUAACAUAUUCCAGAAAGUCAUUCCAGUUCUUCAGAUCAUUCACUUGUUUUGUGCUACCUUCAUCAGCCCUAAGAACUACAAAAAGGGGUAUACACUAAGGUUUGGAAUACAGAAGUGAGGCUUUACUAAUUUCAGGUAAUUUUAUUUAGCAUCCAUUUUCCAUGUACCCAUCAUUCACACAAGUAAUCAGCUGUAUAAAUCUGUGGUAGGGAACCUCGAGUCUAGGGGCCAGGCCUCUCUAUCCUACUUCUGUAGAUAAUUAAAUGGGGCAUAUCUAGGUGCAGCCCCUCUAAACUGAGAGUUCAUGAAGAAUAAGGAUAUUAGGUUUGGAUGCCAUGUUGAAUGAAAAAGAAACUAGCAUGUCAUGUGUGGAGAGGAAGUUAAGUGUUUCUGCAUUUUCAUUCAAUGUAAUCCUGCUUUGCUCUGUCCAUUUCAGGAUAUAGUCCCUGGCCCUACAUCCUUGUAAAUCUCUGUAAGAAAUAUCAGAAGUCUAUUCACACACACUUGUUCAUCAUUGCUUAAAACUGAAAAAAGCUUUUAGCGCCAUCAAUCCUGCUUUCAUUUUAGUGAAAUGCAACGUAUUUGACUUUCACAGUGUGGAAACUCAAGAAGCUGCUUAGUAUGAUGCCUGGUAAUGAGGCUGUGCUUUUUUGCUGACUGAGGUUAUCUGUUUUUAAUAGUUGCAUGCCAGGCAAAUAUGUAAUAGGUGAUCUUUUCCCCAUCGUUUUCAUUUCCAUGAGCUGAAUUUCUGCAUGUCAUGCAACUAUUACAGUGUGGUGUGGAAAAGCAGUCCUCUUC